UUAAACACCUUCACACCAAAACCACCCAAUGGCUUCUCUCUCUCAACCACCCCUCACCAAGGCCUCUGGCAUUCCUCCCCAUUCCUCUCUCAGUCCAUUCUUUCCCAGAAAAACCAAUGUUUCAAAAGUUGGAAAGCAGAACCAUCACCUAAAGCUUGUUCCUAGAGUGGCAUGCAAAGCCACAAAGGGUGACCAAAACUCCAAAGAUGGACAAACUCCUCUAGGGAAAUUUGAGAGGAGAGAUGUACUCAUUGGUCUAGGAGGCCUAUAUGGAGCUGCCAGUCUUUACAAUGACCCUUUUGCCUUGGCGGCUCCAGUGACCGCCCCUGACCUAACAAAAUGUGGCAAGGCUGAGUUGCCUGCAGGAGCAAAACCAACCAAUUGUUGCCCACCACCAUCCACAAAUAUAUUAGACUUUAAGCUACCUGCCCAAAACUCCCCCUUGCGUGUUAGACCUGCAGCUCAUUUGGCUGACAAAGAAUACAUAGCCAAAUAUUCUAAAGCCAUUGAGCUCAUGAAAGCCUUGCCAGCCGAUGACCCACGUAGUUUCACACAACAAGCUAAUGUUCACUGUGCCUAUUGUGAUGGGGCACACCACCAAGUCGGUUUCCCAAACCUUGAACUCCAAGUACACAGUUCAUGGCUCUUCUUUCCCUUCCAUCGUUACUACUUGUACUUCUACGAAAAAAUCUUGGGAAAAUUAAUUGGUGAUCCCACCUUUGCGUUGCCAUUCUGGAACUGGGAUUCCCCUCCUGGAAUGCAGUUGCCAUCCAUAUUUGCUGACCCCAAAUCACCACUCUAUGAUAGUCUACGCAAUGCUAAUCAUCAGCCACCGACCCUACUCGACCUUGAUUACAAUGGUACCGACGUGUCAACCACGAAUCAAGACCAACUCUCUAGUAACCUCAACAUCAUGUAUCGUCAAAUGGUAUCCAAUGGCAAGAACGCUAAGCUAUUCUUUGGUAGCGCUUAUCGUGCUGGGGAUGAGGCUGAUCCAGGUGCUGGCGCAAUUGAGAACAUUCCUCAUGGCCCUGUACACAUUUGGUGCGGUGACACAAGUCAGCCUAAUUUGGAAGACAUGGGCAACUUCUACUCUGCCGCUAGAGAUCCAAUCUUUUUCGCUCAUCACUCCAAUGUUGAUCGAAUGUGGGCUGUAUGGAAAACAUUAGGAGGGAAACGAACAGAUUACACGGACUCAGAUUGGUUAAACGCUGAGUUUUUGUUCUAUGAUGAAAAUGCACAGCCAGUUCGUGUUAAGGUUAAGGAUUGCCUCGAGACUACUAACCUGGGAUAUGUUUAUCAAGAUGUGGAUAUUCCAUGGUUACAAUCUAAGCCAACCCCACGUAAAUCAAAGCUCAAGAAAGUAGCUAAGUUCUUUCAUCUAGGACAUAAGGAUGUAGCACUUGCUGCUGAAACAUCGGCAAUUAAGUUUCCAAUUGUUUUGGACUCGGUGAUAAGUACUGUGGUGCCUAGACCCAAGAAAUCGAGGAGUAAAAAAGCAAAGGAAGAUGAGGAGGAAGUGUUGGUGAUUGAAGAGAUUGAGUUUGAUAGAGAUGUGGCCGUGAAGUUUGACGUUUAUAUCAAUGAUGAGGACGACUCACCUAGUGGACCAGACAAGACCGAGUUUGCAGGGAGCUUUGUGAACGUGCCACAUAAACACAAGCAUAGGAAGAAGAUGAACACUAGCUUGACACUAGGGAUCACUGACUUGUUGGAGGACUUGGAAGCUGAAGAUGAUGACACUGUGAUUGUGACCUUGGUGCCAAGGUAUGGGAAAGGGCUUGCCACCAUCGGUGGAAUCAAGAUUGAUCAUCUUUCUUGAGCUUGAAAUUUGAACAAUAAUUGUUGUGUUCUUUCUUUUGCCACUGUCCUUUUUGGUGAAUAAACAUCAAUUUUCAUUAAGCAAAAGAGAAUUACGAGUGUAACAGACAAAUCCAAAACUCCAUAAAAGCCAUUCUUUUGCCAUUAUCCUGACAUAA